AUGGGUUGGGCCUGUAUUAUGUGGGUGGCAAAUGGGCUCUUAAAUGAUGGACUGUCAUCAUACACUUGGCCCUUGAUAAAUGUAAAGAAGCCCAGCGAUCAUCCUUUUGCCCCUUUACCGUCUCGCCGGUUGUUACCUAACCGUCUAGAGGAACUAGCGCUUGGUUGCUCUCUGUCUCCCUGCAAUUCCUUCUACGUUUCUUCUUUCAUCCCAUCGUGUUCUCAGCUUCCGAGUGCUCAUACUUCUUUAUUUGAUAAUUUGAAAUCAACCAAAGACUCAUUAAGCCAAUGGAACCGAUCUGAGUUUGGGAAUAUUUUUCAUAAUAAGCAGAGGUUGAUCCGUCGAAUUGAUGGUGUUCAAAAAAGCUUAGCUAUCCGGCGAACGAGAGGUUUAGUGAAGCUGGAAUUUAAUCUGAGACGACAGCUUGAAGAUGUUUUGAAGCAGGAAGAAUUAUACUGGUUUCAACAAUCUAGGGAGGAAUGGAUUGUUUCUGGUGAGAGAAAUACAAGGUUUUAUCAUCUUUCUACCGUGAUUAAACGUAAGAAGCAGCAAAUUCUCAAGCUGAGAAAUGGGAACAAUGUGUGGAUUGAAGAUUCUAGUCAACUUAAAGAGCUUGCUAGCGAUUCUAGUCAACUUAAAGAGCUUGCUAGCGGUUACUAUCAGGAGCUGUAUUCGAAAGAUUUGGCGGUUGACUGCAGCCAUUUUGUUAGACCUAAUGGGCCUGCUCUUUCUUCUUCUCAACGGUUGCUUCUGGAUCGUCCUUUUUCUCAUGAUGAAGUAUAUGAUGCUUUGUGCCUUAUGUCUCCUUACAAGGCUCCAGGACCCGAUGGUCUACAAGCAGUUUUCUUUCAGAAAUCUUGGUCUGCGGUAGGUUCACAGGUUUCAGCGUUUAUUAUUGAGGUCUUGGGCGGGAGGGAGUUUCCAGAGGAAGUUAAUGAAACGGUGCUGACUCUUAUUCCUAAAAUUGCUUGUCCAGAAUUUAUUUCUCAGUUUAGACCAAUUAGCUUAUGUAAUGUGAUCUAUAAGCUUGUUACAAAAGUGUUGAUUAACAGAUUGAAAGAUGUUUUGAGCUCUCUCAUUGGAUUGGAACAAAGUAGCUUCGUUCCUGGCCGACAAAUUAUUGAUAACAUUGUGGUGUUUCAAGAAGUUUUGCACACUAUGAGAACGUCUAAGAGAUCAGGGGGUUUUAUGGCGAUUAAAAUUGAUCUUGAAAAGGCUUAUGAUAGACUAGAUUGGGAUUUUAUUCAGUGGGUGCUGGGUUCUUACCACUUUUUCGAUGCUUGGAUUUCUAAUAUUAUGAAUUGUGUUAGAACAUCUUCUAUGUCAGUGUUAUGGAAUGGUGAGAAGUUAGAAUCUUUUAAACUGACUCGUGGUGUGCGACAAGGCGAUCCAAUGUCUUCAUAUCUUUUUGUUAUGUGUAUUGAACAACUUUCGAGAAUGUUUAAACAGCUUGCUCGUCAAGGCAGAUGGAAGCCGAUUCCUAUCUCGAGUAAUGGCCCAAUGAUUUCUCAUCUUAUGUUCGCGGAUGAUAUGGUUUUGUUCGCAGAAGCUUCUGUGGAACAGUUGGAUUUGAUUUUAUCAUGUUUGGAUGACUUUGCUAAGGCUUCCGGGCAGAAAGUGAAUUUAGCUAAGUCUUCUCUUUAUUUGUCGCCUUUUGUUGAUAGUGAUUUGGCGUCACUUUUGUCUUCAAGGUCAGGUAUUCCUUUGACUGCUGAUUUGGGAAAAUACUUGGGUGUGCCAUCUAUUCAUGGGAGGAUUUCAGUCUCGACAUAUAGUAGUAUUUUGGAUAAAAUGAGAGGCAGACUUGAUGGCUGGAAGGCGAGAGCUCUAUCAAAAGCUGGACGACUAACGUUAGUUCAAUCAGUUCUUAAUGCUAUUCCUGUUUUUGUGAUGCAGAGUGCUCUUUUACCGGUAUUGCUUUGCAAUGAAAUAGAGAAAAUAUGCAGGAACUUUAUUUGGCAUGGGAAGGAUAUGAAGCCAGCUGUACAUCUGAUUAAUUGGGAUACAAUGUCCUUGCCGAAGCGGUUAGGUGGUCUUGACAUCAGAAAUAUGCGACAAAUGAAUCAGGCUCUAUUAGGGAAGUUGUGUUGGCGAGCUUACAAGAAUCCGCAAGCUUUGUGGGUUAGGUGCCUUUUCAAUAAAUAUGAGUCGGGUUUUGUUCAUUGGGAAGUCGCUAAGCGAGCUAAUGGUUCAGUCAAUUGGAAAUCUUUUUGUUAUGGUUUGGAGCUACUUCGAAAAGGGAUAGUUGUAGAUGUGAAUAAUGGGAUGCACACUAGAUUUUGGCUGGAUGAUUGGCUUCCGGUUGGGCCUCUUUGGAAUUUUGCGCUUAAACCAUUGAUUGAGUUGAAUAUGCAGGUUUGUGUUCGAUAUUUCUGGGUUCCUAAUGUAGGCUGGAAUUGGGACAUUUUAAAUUCUCUUCUUCCUAUUGAUGUCCUUUUAUAUUUCCAAUCAAUUACUUUAGUUGAUGAUAUGUCGUGUUUGGAUGGUUUUGCGUGGAAGCAUUCUUCUUCUGGCUUAUAUACAGUUAAGUCAGGGUUUGAUACGUUUUAUUCAGAAGUGUCAGGAUCUAAUAUGGAUUGGCAAGGGCUGUGGAAGGUUAGGGUGCCACAGCGAAUUCAAGUAUUUUUGUGGGAAGUGGCACAUGAGAAAAUCAUGGUUAAUGUUCAACGCCGAAAGCGAGAAUUUAUUGAUUAUGAUUUAUGUCCUCUUUGUGGAGUUGCAAGUGAAUCUGUUUUGCAUGCUCUACGAGAUUGCCAACAUGUGAAACAAAUUUGGAAUUCCCUUUUACCUACCAAUUUCGUUUCUCCAUUUUUUGAUAUUUUGAAUGUGCCUUUAUGGCUAUCUGCUAAUAUAGAAAAAGUAGGGUUAUUGGCUAAUGGAAUACCAUGGGAUGUGCUUUUUAGUUCGGCUGUUUGGUGGUUAUGGAAGCGAAGAAACUUGUUGGUUUUUAAUGAGAAUAAUGACCAGGAUACUAUUGAUGCGUCCUUUAUUCAGCUUCGAGCAAAAGAAUAUGUUCAUGCAUGGAGGUUUUCGAUGCAGGCUGGGUCUGGACCGAGAGGCCGGUCUUUGAAGUAUGUUGGGUGGAAGCCGCCAGAAACAGGCUGGGUGGUAGUGAAUUCCAAUGGUAGUGCAUUGUUGUCAGCAGGAAGGGCAAGUUGUGCAGGUUGUUUUCGAAACAAUGAAGGUAGAUGGCUUUUGGGCUUUCAACGGUUUUUGGGCAAUUGUGGAGCAAUGGAACCUGAGUUAUGGGGAAUAUAUUAUGCUUUAGUAUUAGCAUGGGAUUCAGGGUGGAAGAAGAUUGAAGUUCAAACGGAUUCUCAACUCGCGUUAGAUUUACUUGCAGGUAGAGGUGCAGGAGUUUUUAGAGUUGCUAAUUUGGUGAGGAAUUGUCGUGAUCUUAUCAAUAGAAGCUGGGAAGUCAAGAUGGUAAAAAUUUACAGGGAAGCAAAUGCGGUAGCGGAUCGUUUGACUAGUUUAACCAUUGGUGAUGAUUUUAAUUUGAAAAUUCAUCAAUGCCCUCCUGUUACUAUUAAAUUUUUACUGGAUGCUGAUAGGCAGAGGAUGAAGAUUCUGGUGGCGGAUGUGGAAGGGAAUACUUGGAAUUUUGUUUGCUGCACCAAAAGUGGAAACAAGCAGCCUGUGUUUAAGAAUGGCUGGCUUGAAUUUGCUGGUCAUUGGAAUCUAGCAGCUGGUACAACUAUCACUUUCUAUAAGGAUAUAGACCAAGCUACUGGAGCUCAGUACAAGAUUAGAGUGAGAUAA